UGGGCGACAUGGAGCCACAUAGACUGCCGUGGCAUGGCGUGACAUUCCCGCAGCUUGCUCAAGAGGAUGGAAAGGACCGAAACCUCAUGGUCCUGGCUCAAGGGAAGCGAGUUGCGGUUUCCCACGGAUGAGGGCUGCGUGAUCGUGCGCGAGGAGCCCGGGCGCCGCGGGCCUGGCGCGCGCUGCGUGUCCUCAGGCGCUGUGUACGACCUCCGGAGACUCAGCGCCCAGCCGCCCGCACGGCGGUGCGGCGGCUUGGUGACCCUGGAGGCCUUAGAGGCGGUGCAGCGCGAGGUGGAUUUCGCCCAGCGCGCAGGCCGACACCCAAAUGUAGUCCGCUGCCACGGUGUCCUCGUGCAGAAUGAAGGCACCAUGCACUCCCAGCUCCUGCUGUGUGAGCCUUGCGUCACUGAUCUGGCAGCUCACAUUGCGGGUGGCCUGGCGGUCCGCGAGGCGUCUGACGUGGGUCAGCAGCUGGCUUUCGGGCUGGGGCAUCUGCACAGCCACGGCAUCUUGUACGGGGGCUUUGACGCCGCCGGCGUGCUGCGAGGCGGCGACGGCCUGUGGAAGUUGGGCUCCUUCGGCCGCUGCGCGCUGCUGCCGGUCGCCGCCUCCGAGUGGCUGGAGCGGAGGGAGGGCGAAAUGUCGACGCCGCCGGAGGCGCGCAGCAGCACGGAUGAUGCGCUGAAGCCUGAGGCGGACGUGUGGCUUCUGGGGGCCUUCCUUGGCUUCCUGCUGUCUGCCCGGCCUUCGGGGGAUGCUCUAGCGCUGCCGCCGCAGCGGCUGGCAGAUGCGCAGGUGGCGCGGCUUUGGCUGCUGCUGCACUGGCUGCUGGCUGAGGCCCCGGAGGCCCGGCCCUGCGCCGGGGAGGCCGCGGCGCUGCUUGGGGCGCUGCAGCUCACGCCCCCGCAGGAGCUGCUGGCGGAGAUGCCGGCGCCCGCCGCGCAGCGCGCGGGGCGCAUGGCCAUCGCCGCGGCGCGGCAGGCGGCGGCGGAGCGGGCGAAGGACGCGGAGGCGGUGGCGGAGCUGGCGCCGGAGAGGUUAAGAGGCCUCUCCCCGGAGAUCGAUCGGAUCCUGGAGAACUGCGGUUUAGACGCCGCUUUCGUCCUGGACGCUUCCGGCACGUCCGCGGACGCCUCCGCGGCGAAUGCCGUGCCUGCGCCGCCCGCGCCCGCAGCGGCCAAAGCGACUCUGGCAGGCGGUGAAGUGGAUGGCUUUGCAGAUGCCUCCACCGCCUCCGGGGCGUCUGAAGACCCGGACUGCCUGCGCGUGGCGGACUCUGCGGAUUUGCUGGGCCUGGGCUGAGGCCGCAAGAGACGACCGGCGCCUUUUAGCCACGAAGUGUGUCUUGUCUGAGGCAGGUUUGUUUCUAGACGCUCGCCAUCUUUUUGGGUGAGACAACGGUUUGAGCGGCAAGCAACAGCUUGGCUUUUGUGGCCAAUCCACUCAGGAAGUGAGUUUAGGUGA